CCCGGCGCGAGACCCUUGCGUCUUCCGGAAGCGGAGCCCUGGACGCGCAACGGCUGGGUGUGCGACCACUGUGGUGGCUGGCGCGCCUGAGAAGACAAGAACUGAAGGGGACCCGGGCCUGCCUCCCGCGCCGGGCUGGAACACCAUGGACGAAGCAGGCAGCUGUGCGAGCGGCGGAGGGUUCCGCCCGGGCGUGGAUAGCCUGGACGAGCCCCCCAACAGCCGCAUCUUCCUGGUGAUCAGCAAGUACACGCCCGAGUCGGUGCUGAGGGAGCGCUUCUCGCCCUUCGGCGAGAUCCAGGACAUCUGGGUGGUGCGGGACAAGCACACCAAGGAGUCCAAGGGCAUCGCCUUCGUCAAGUUUGCCCGUAGCUCGCAGGCCUGCAGGGCCAUGGAGGAGAUGCACGGCCAGUGCCUCAGCCCCAACGACACCAAGCCCAUCAAGGUUUUCAUUGCUCAGUCCAGAUCAUCUGGAAGUCACCGAGAUGUUGAAGAUGAAGAACUUACAAGAAUAUUUGUCAUGAUACCAAAGUCCUACACAGAAGAAGAUUUGCGGGAAAAAUUUAAGGUGUAUGGAGAUAUCGAAUACUGCAGCAUUAUUAAGAAUAAAGUAACUGGAGAAAGUAAAGGUUUGGGCUACGUUCGAUACUUAAAACCAUCACAAGCUGCCCAAGCAAUAGAAAACUGUGAUCGAAGUUUUAGGGCAAUCUUGGCUGAACCUAAAAAUAAAGCAUCUGAAUCCUCAGAACAAGACUAUUAUAAUAACAUGAGGCAGGAAACAUUGGGACAUGAACCUAGAGUAAAUAUGUUUCCAUUCGAACAACAAUCUGAAUUUUCAAGUUUUGACAAGAAUGACAACAGAGGCCAAGAAGCUAUCUCCAAACGCCUGUCAGUUGUAUCAAGAGUUCCUUUCACUGAAGAGCAGCUUUUCAGUAUUUUUGAUAUAGUACCAGGAUUGGAAUACUGUGAAGUUCAACGAGAUCCUUAUUCUAAUUAUGGUCAUGGAGUGGUUCAGUAUUUUAAUGUAGCAUCAGCUAUUUAUGCAAAAUACAAGUUACAUGGAUUUCAGUACCCUCCUGGGAACCGGAUAGGUGUUUCCUUCAUUGAUGAUGGGAGUAAUGCAACAGAUCUCCUUAGAAAAAUGGCAACGCAGAUGGUAGCAGCACAGCUUGCAUCAAUGGUGUGGAAUAACCCAAAUCAGCAGCAAUUUCUGCAAUUUGGAGGAAAUUCUGGAUCACAGUUGCCUCAAAUCCAGACAGAUGUUGUACUUCCAUCAUGCAAAAAAAAAGCCCCUCCUGAAACUCCUGUGAAAGAAAGACUUUUUAUCGUGUUUAAUCCUCAUCCUUUACCUUUAGAUGUAUUAGAGGAUAUUUUCUGUCGUUUUGGUAACCUGAUCGAAGUUUACCUUGUGUCAGGAAAAAAUGUGGGGUAUGCCAAGUAUGCAGAUAGAAUAAGCGCCAAUGAUGCCAUUACUACUUUACAUGGAAAGAUCCUUAAUGGAGUCAGACUUAAAGUUAUGUUGGCAGAUUCCCCAAGGGAAGAAUCUAACAAACGACAGAGAACUUACUGAUUCUUGAGGUAAGCCCUUUUUACUCUGAAUUUUAAAAACAUACCGGCUAAAUAUUAUAGCCAGAGGAAUACAUAUAGAGUUUCUUUUUAAGGAUUUGGAAGCUAUCAGUUAAAAGCCUUGUGACUUAAAAAAGCUUGGCUGAUAAAACCACAGCACAGGUUAAUUUCACAAUAUAUUUUUUAAACCUGAAUUUUGUAAACUUAAAACAAAUGUUUUUGAUGUUUACUGGGAGAAUGUUUUUGCCUUCUAUAAAAUAAAAUCAGAUUUCAAUGUAGAAAAUUAAAUAGUGGCUUUUUUUUGUUUGUGAAUGUCUUAGAUGUUAAGAAUUAGACUUUUAACUAUAUGCUUAUGUAACUUUUUAAAAUUGAAAUAGUUCUAAAGAUUUUUUAAGUUGAGGGAUUAAUGUCUUGAGUUACAAAUUAAUUUAUAAUAGCCUUUAUAAAGAGUGUUUUGACAUCUCACUAGUGUAAUACCUUAAAAGCAAUAUCAAAUAAUACGUGUUUUUGGAACUUUUGAACUUAAAUGUUGGUUUUUUGUGGACUUAAAUUUGUGAGUUUGUGCAUUAAAACUACACAUUCAGAAAGUAUUCUCAUAUGCAUAUUUGUAUUAAAAAAAGAACCCAGACAAUUUACCAAAAACUCUUUAUCUAUUAUAAUGGUACAUACAGCCAUAUGAAUUCCUUUUUCUUUAGUUUUCAGAAUCAAACUUAAAUUUCUUUUUCUGUGAUAAUUCAACUCACAUCUCCAUGGCUUAGGGAGACAUUCUUUAAAGUAGAAAUGUUCAGCUCUUUCACUUUUUUAUUCUGGAAAUGAAUUCUGAGUUUCAGGGGAAGCUGACAGUUUCCCUGUUUCCACAUACGCCAGCUUUCCAAGUCUACUGCUGGCCAAAUGAUAGCAGUUGGCAAGCACUUUAGAUUCACUUUGAAGUUACUGACUUGAAAGCAGAUUUCUUUUUACAUCAAUUUUCUUUCUGACCAAUUAUGGCAACUAGCAAGUAUCAGAAUGGAUUGUCUCAUGCCUUAGUGCUGAUGACCUUCUAAUAUAGAGCAAGUCAGGUGAUGAGUUCCUCCUACCUAGAAGGCAUUUAGCAAUAUUUGGACCCAUUAUGAAUAAUCCUAAUUUAGAAAUGUCUUAAAAUAUUUUAUCUAAUUAUAAAAUUCAUUCCCAUUACCCCAUACAAUGUAGAAAUAUUAAAAUGCCAGUGAAAAUGACUUAGCAAGUUCUUAAAGCUGUUUUUUUAUGUUUACAAAUAAAAUGUUAAGACCUGAAUUCUGGUUAGCCAGCUGUCUUCUAAAAUAGCACACAAAAAUGUGUUUGUGUCUUUGGAUAUUUUAAUAUGUAGGUAACAAUUAUUUUAUUCAAAGAAUCUUUGUCCUUAAAAAAAUACAAUAAUACUAUGUUUUUAUUAUGGGGAAAUUGUAUGAAUUACUCUUGUGGGUGAACCUUUCCUGGUGAUUAUUUAUAUAAUAUAAAAAUAUUAUACUUAAAAAUCAGAAGAUCUGGCUUGGAAUUCUAACUCUGAUACCUGACUGUGAUUGGACAGACCUCUUCACCUUCCUGAGUCUGAUUUUUUUAAUAGGGUUAGUGAGAGAAAUGAAUCAGCAGAAGUCUUUAUAAAAAUAAUGUUUUGCAAGUAUGAACUAAAACUGUUGCAUUGGUGAUUUCAGUGAAAUCUUUGAGAUGUUGUCUCAUCUAAAUGGUCAGAAACUAAAAGUUUAAUAUACAGACUGUGGGCAUCCAGUGCUAUGGGAAUGAAGCUUUAUCAUACCACGUUUUUCCCUGUAAAAGUGGCGUACCUUUAUUCCAUUCCCUGCAUUAUAGAGGAAGUGCAUAUACUUCAGCAUGACUCUUCAUAAAAUACAAAUCUGUCCUUUUUCCCUUUAUUGAAUUGUUGUACCUAUUCAGAGCAAAGAUAAAGUAGGGUCAGGUUAGCUGGAAAUAGUGGGAAAUAAUCAGCUAUAUUAGCUUUAAAUGUUUUAAAAUUUCUUUUUGCUGUAGAUUUCCUAUUUACUGUGGACUCCAAUGAUUCUCCUCCUUUGUUGGUAUAUUAAGUAAAUGUACAUAUUUUAAGGUUCAAUAAAAUAAUGAGAAAGUUUACCAAGUUUUACAUGAAAAUUGAAAUUGAAAUUCUUGGGAGGGGGAAGCAUUUUUUUGUUUGUUUCCUUAAUUUCAAAAAGACACCAGCACCACUCAAAGGUUGGUUCCUUUUAUCUCUGAAGAAUAGGCCUAGGAUUAGGUGAGCUACACCUAUAAAAUAGGAAAAACUGAGUACAAUUUUGAAAGUAAUUGAGUUCUAUUCUGAGCUGGGUUUGAUGUGCAAAAUAUGUUUCUCUUUCUAUUUGAGGAAAAUAAACAUUUUAGUAUUUCAGAGCAUCCUGAUUUUAUAUUAAUUCACAGCAUUUUCCCUCCAGAAAUUCAGUACCUGUUUACAUCAUACUUCUGAGUAAGUUUGGUUUUGCUUAUUUUGGGGCGUCUAUGAUUAAGUAAGCAGAUAACAUUGGUUACUUUGAAAUACAGAAAAUUCCUAACAUUAUAGGAAUACUAUAUACAACAGCUGUUUCCUUUCAGGUGAUGAUUUUCAUACUUGUGUUGUGUUCUUUCUACAGAACAAAGACUAAAUAAUGACAUAAUCCUCAGCUGACUGACUGAAAAUGUGACUGGACGCACUCCCUGUGGACAGUUGACAGCUUUUUUUUUUCAUAUACCUGAUAGUCUGUGCACAACAUUGUUUUGUCUGGGGAGCACGAAUUGUUGACAUGAAUUUUUGAAUCCACACGUCAGUGCUAAAACUAAUAUAAUAGUUGUUUCUUAGAGCAAUAUGUUGUUAUGUGUAGCAGAAAUAAAGUUUUCUUUGCUUGACUAAA